GGUUGACAGGCUAUUCCUCUCUAGGGUAUCCACCGUUCGGGCCAUACAUACAUACAGUAACACCACCCGCCAUGCAAUCCGCUUUGCGGGCCUCCCGACCCGUUGUCACCAGAGGUCUCGCAAUAGUACCCAACGCACGCGGGGCCGCAACCCAAGCUCGGAAGCGGGCCGGUGACAUUUCCGACGCUUUCGUUUCACUCUCUGGGCAGCAAUUCACCCCACUUGCUCCGAAAUAUGCCGCUCUCAAAGGCCGCCUCAUCAAGGGCCAUGAAGAAGACCUUCGCCAUUCCUGGGAGCGCUUACUACAAGACCUGCGCCAAGAAAUCCCCAUUAUUCUAGAGCUCGGAUCGAAAGUCAUUCCCGAAAUCAACUUCAAAGACAUAGCCAAUGCCUCGGAAACCUUCAAGCAAGAGCAUAGGAAACGUGGCGUCGCCGUGGUCAGGGGUGUAGUUCCGGAGAAAGAGGCACUACAAUGGAAGGAAGAUCUGCGGGACUACAUUGCACAAAACCCACAUACAAAGGCCUUUCCCCCUGAAAAGCCUCAAGUCUUCGAACUCUACUGGUCACCAACUCAGCUACGUGCCCGAGCGCACCCAAAUCUUCUCGAAACCCAUCGUUUCUUGAUGUCAUUCUGGCAUAGCAAAGACCCCACGGCUGCAAUUUCGACGUCUAGUCCCACCAGCUACGCCGACCGCCUCCGUAUGCGUCUCCCCGGCGACGCAAAGUUCGCUCUUGGGCCCCACGUGGAUGGUGGCAGCGUUGAGCGCUGGGACGAGCAAGGCUACGGGCGCGGCCGUGUCUACGACUCGGUGUGGAGUGGGGAAUGGGAAAAGUUCGACCCAUGGGAAUCCAGCUGUCGCUUGCCCGUCGUCUCUGAUCUGCAUUCAGGCGUCGGCGCGUGCAGCAUGUUCAGGAUGUACCAAGGUUGGCUAUCCAUGUCGACGUGCGGGCCGUUCGAAGGGACCUUGUUGGUGAACCCGCUUCUGGCCAAGGCCACAGCGUACUACCUUCUACGACCGUUCUUUUCUCCCCGAAAGGGCGUGGAGCUGGGUGCACAGACGGCGAGCGAGACUGUGACAGCGUCCGCGGAGUUCCUCGCCUCGAAUAAUUGGGCCCUCGAUCCUACACCGACAUCGUGGCUGCAAGGUGCUACACCAGGCCACGGUCAGGAGCUAUCGCCGCUAUUGCAUCCACACCUCGACCUCAAUCAUACAAUGGUGCACAUGCCGGUAGUACGGCCAGGUGACUAUGUAGCCUGGCAUUGCGACACCAUCCACGCAGUGGACAAGGUUCAUGCUGGUACUUCAGACUCCAGUGUUCUUUACAUACCUGCUUGCCCACUAACGGAGGAGAAUGCGAAGUAUCUGGCCCGACAGAGAGAUACUUUCGUCAAGGGUGAGCCCUCACCAGACUUUGGGGGUGGUGAGGGCGAGAGUAAGAAUGUGGGCCGGAUACUGCCGGAGCAUAUGGAAACACUAGUUGGGGAGGAAGGAUGUAGGGCUAUGGGCUUGAAAGAAUGGAAUAGCAGCGCGGAGGGCUUGAGUGCUGGGGAGAGAGAAGUAAUGGACCGGGCGAACAAAGCUCUGGGUUUUUACGUAUAGUUAUUGAUGACCCUAAAAGUUGAUUCUACUGGUAUAGUAUCUGGAUUAUUGGUUGUUUUUAAGCAAUCUAAAAUCUAAGUCUGAUGACUGAUUUUUACCUUGGACGAAGACCUCUGUGAGCCUUGGCCAAAAUAUUGUUACUAUUCCCUCAUAGGACACAGCCUAGAUAACAAAUUCGAGUG